UGUCGCGUUAUUUGAAUAUCAAUCACCUGGUAAGCGUUAUAGCGGAUGUUGUGUCAUAAUGGACCAAUCAUUUCCGUUUGUGAUGUCAUAAGUGCCUGUCAAGUAAACAAGCCGAGCUAAUUGUUAUAUAGCCACAGUAAUAGCGAUACACAAUUUAUUUAGUAUGUGUUAAAUCAGCAGAAAUCGGACUACAUUUUUAGGACAUUUUUUUAAAUUUGUUCGUGUUAAAAUUGAAAUGCUUCGUCAAGACAGCUGUUAGCGCUCAGUGCACGAGUUUGCGCAAGAGGAAAUUAUAAUUUAUGCUGUAUGUGUACAGUGUCAACUUACAGUUUUAGUCGGAAAAUUUGUACUAAGAUAAUGUUAAGAAAAAUAAGUUUGCUAUUUUUGAUCUUUUGUUUACGCGGCAGAACAUGUUUAUCGGAAAACGCAACCGAAGUGACCGAUGAGGAGCUUGAUAACGUCAUGAGCUACCUUAAAUCGUUCACCUCGCUAACUGUACCUGAGCCUGUAGUCGGUAGCAGCUCUAGUGGGGGCGACGGGCCAGGGAUCGGCGAAAGGAUGUCGAAAAAAGAAUUCGCUGAAUCUCCCGUUUUUAUGGAGAAUGUAAUAAUAGUCCAGGCUUCAGCUGGCAUUCCUCAAACAGGCAAGAUUGACCGUAACUUAAUACAAACGAUGGGAAAAUCGAGAUGCGGGAUGAGCGACCCUCCUCCUCCGGGAAGUGGAGUCGCUUUUUAUACAGAGCAGAGCACCUGGAGAACGAAACGGAACCCAAGGACCCAAAAAUACGAGCUCAAUUAUUCAUUCUUCCCAAACACAUAUCCAAGCGACGGUAGCAUCAGUCGCACUGAUAUAGAGAAGGGUAUAACAGCAGCCAUGUGUUUGUGGGAAAUGAAUUCAAAUGUUCGUUUCACUGGCAACCUUGGGCCAGGUGUUUCCUCUGCCGAUGUCACGAUAUCGUUUGGAAGAAGAGACCAUGGAGAUCCUUAUCCAUUCGACGGCAAAGGAAAAACCCUUGCUCAUGCCUUCUACCCAGAAAGUGGGAAGCUUCAUUUUGAUUUAGACGAACCUUGGUUUCUAUCUAUGAACAAUAACAACCAAAGAAGGAAAAAGGACAUAUUUACAGUGGCUGCCCACGAACUCGGGCAUACGCUUGGUCUGGCUCAUUCUGAAGUCAGAGGUUCACUGAUGGCACCGUACUACCUGUUCACCACGUCAUUUGAAAACUACUUAUUGCCCAGAGAUGACACGUUAGGAAUACAGAGCAUGUACGGCAGGAGAAUAGGAUCGGUAGCCUUGAACGACAGAAACUCAGCAUGUUACCAGCUUCGAAGUUUAUAUGGGGCAGAAACGGCGGGUUCUACACAAACAAAUAGACCUGUACCCCCACCUACGACAACAACAGCAACAACAACCACAACGACUACAACGGCACAGCCAUCACGCAACAACAACAACAACAACGUACCUUCUACUGCAACACUUUGCGUGGACAGGCUGUCCCGAUGCAGCACUUACAAGCGCAAAAGAUAUUGCACCUUACCACAAUACCGCUCAGCAAUGGCAAGACAGUGCCCCAAAACCUGCAACAUGUGUGUUAGAGGUCGAAGUAUUCAGUUAUUCAAGCACAUCAAUUCGACACUGCCAACAAUGGCAAUACCCACCGCUACCACUACUGCGAUAGGCGAAGCCCCAUGCGAGGACAACCCCACGUACGCAGUUUACUGUGCGAGCUGGAAAAGACAGAAGUUAUGUACUCAUCCCCAACAAGUGCGUGCCAUGGCUAACUAUUGCAAGAAAACAUGUGGUCUCUGUCCAGUUGUUGUGGACCACAAACCUUCUCCUGCGGCCAUACCUACUGACUCAGUUUGCAGUAUUACAAAGUUCGAUACCAUUAUGACCCUACGCGCCAACUCUGGACUUUUCUAUGCUUAUUUUUUAAAGGAUGACUAUGUUUUCCCAAUGGAGGUAUCGGUACAACAGGCGGGCUCUUACAGUUUAUUAAACGAAACGUACCAACUUGGUGACAGACUUCGGUGGCGAUAUGACCCUAAGACUAUAAAAAGAGGAAUGAUCAAAUACAACAAAGCGCCUUACUUUACGAGGAGUGGAAAGAUACACGCGCUGAUGAAGGCGCCGUCCUUUAUCCUUGCAUUUGGCGGAAACAACGUAGUGGACGAGUACAGAGAAGACGGCCCACACCACAAUUUUGCUGGAAGGUACUUAGUUGGAGAAGCAUUCACAGGUUACCCACAUCAUACAGUGGAUGCAACGUACACUGAGUACAUGGUUAUAAACAGGGAGGCAGUGUUGGUUUACACUCUGUUUUACGGGGACAAGAUAUGGCAGUUUCAGGAAAGAAAAACGAUACUGGAUUCAGGUAGCAAUCGGAACCGUGUGUUUGAUCCUCUGCCAGGAAGAAGUGGAAUCCUUACAAAGCAAUGGAAAGGAGUAUAUGCUUGUAAUGUAGAUGCAGUUAUAGAAUACCAAAGAAUUCCCUAUUACGUCAAAGGAAAUACUUUCUGGCCAGCAACCAACGAAACAGAAGCGAUAGCAAGAGACCUGACGUAUAAUUUAUUGCGAUGUUGGCGAUAUCCUCCAGAAACACCAGUAGUCCCGAAAAUGUGCGGAAGAUCGGCUUCACCCCGAAACCCAAAUUCGUCUUCUUCAGUCAGAUGCCAAUUCCCACAUUUUGUUAUCGCCUUAAUACUGUUCCUGUUAUUUAACUAAGUUGAAAUUUAUUUAAACUAUAGACAGAUUUUGGUGAAAGAAGAUUUUUUAUCAAAAAAAUUGUUCCUUGUUUCUCUGUAUUAUUAUUUUGCCAAUUUGUCCUAAUCACUGUGUGUCUUGCUCGUAUUUGCGCUUAUAUUUAUCCGUGUUUUAUUUUCUAUAUUCAUGUUAUUAUUAUUUGAUUGGGUGUCCACAGUACUCUUGCUUCUUAACUUGUUGCACAUUCGGAUCUUGUAAAAUAUACAUUCUGAUACAUUUUGA